AUGGCCCGCUACAAGGCCCGCUCCCGGCGUUCUACUGCCGAGGCGGUUCACUUACACGUUGGACUUGAUGAUUUGGUGCCAACAUCAUUCGUUGAAGGGCUUAUCAGUCUCAUGAUUUCUGAAAAUGAAACUUCAGAUCAACCAUCAUCGUCCCAUGAGAAUGGGCCACCUACGAAGCGUCGCAAGACGGACUCUUCAUUAGCCUUGGGUGCUAUACCUAUCGCAAAGAAAGAAUUUACUAUUUCUCGCCCUUGCAUGGGGUCCCCUUCAAAAAGUCAAUCAGUCGUUUGUAAGAGCGUUGAUCGCUACUUGAGCAUUUGUUUUAUGGACAAUCGACUUCGCAUGAAGUCGCGGAAGGAUUGCCCAGGGGAACCGUUGGAUGUCACUGUCAGGCUACGACGAUCGGAAGAAGAUGACCAGAUGAAGAUUUGUUCAUUGGAUAGCACCUCCAAGCGAGCGUCACAGCCAAAUGCGCUAUGGAGCACAUUCGACCUGGAACUUGAGUGGCAAGGAAGGCAGGUUAAGAUGACUUUCUGUCAAAACUUCUACUGGAAUGAAUCUCCAUCGCCGCACUCUCAAUACAGAUCGUCCUCAGAUCGCGGAAGCAGUCAGCGAUUCAUUAACUUGCUACUACGCGGCUCGAUCUCAACAUGCACACCUUAUAGAACUUCAACAUGGUCUCCCAUGGACUUUUACGAGGCGGCCUUUGUCCCCCAAAAGGGCGAGAAAACACCUGAAACUAUUGAAGUCGAUGCUUUGGAAUCGACAUUAUUUCCAUACCAGAAGCGCACACUACAGUGGUUACUGCGACGUGAAGGAGUGCAGUGGUCAGCAGAUAUGCGACACAUCGUCCCACACGUAACUGAGAAUCAGGAUAGCGUGUAUGACUUCAAGAAACUGACGGAUGUGGCCGGGAAUGAGUACUACUUGAGCGAACUAUUCCAUGCGGUGACAAGAGAUAUUUCGCUAUUCCGACAAGCUGAGGCUUCCAUCAAGGGCGGAAUUCUGGCAGAAGAGAUGGGUCUUGGCAAAACAUUGGAAGUUCUUGGCUUGAUCUUGCUUCACCAGCGAUCUCGGCCCUUGAUUCAGAGUGAAUAUGAGUCCCAGGCCAAGCUGACGCCGAGUGGCGCCACCCUCAUUGUGACACCCCCAUCGUUAAAAGAUCAAUGGGCAUCCGAAAUUGCUCGUCAUGCACCGGGCUUAAGUGUCAAAGUGUAUGAGGGUCGGAAAAGGAUAUCGGAAGCGGACGAGCAGAAGGUCACAGAUGAACUUGCUGGCCACGAUAUUAUUCUCACAACAUACUCUGUACUGUCCUCUGAGCUUCACUUCGCGACAGCACCCCCAGAGCGUUCACGGCGGCACGCACGAGUUUAUGAUCGGCCCAAGUCCCCCCUCGUGCAAAUCUCGUGGUGGAGAAUAUGCCUUGACGAAGCUCAGAUGAUCGAAAGUGGUUAUAGCCAGGCCGCGAAAGUGGCUCGUAUUCUUCCUCGAAUAAAUGCGUGGGGUAUCACUGGAACUCCGGUGAAGAAUGACGUUGAGGAUCUUCAGGGUUUGCUCCUUUUCCUCCAGUACGAGCCCUAUUGUUCUGUGAAUCAAAUAUGGCAAGAUCUGAUCCGUCAUCACAAAUCUGUCUUCCAGCGUCUAUUCAACAGAAUCGCUAUUCGACACACAAAAUCAAUGGUUAGAGAUGAGUUGGUUCUGCCAUCCCAGAAACGCUUUGUCAUCAGUAUGCCCUUUACUGCCGUUGAGGAACAGCACUACCAGUCCCUUUAUCGAGAAAUGGCGGAAGCGUGUGGGCUCAGCCUCGAGGGAGCGCCAAUUGUGGAUGACUGGAAGCCUGAGGAUCACGAAGAAGACAUGAGAACUUGGCUGGUUCGACUCAGGCAGACUGCGCUGCAUCCUGAAGUUGCAGGUUAUAACCGCCGAGCUCUCGGCAACAGCAAAAAUCGGCCCAUGAGGACCGUUGACGAGGUUUUAGAUGCUAUGCUAGAACAAAGCGAGAGCGCGAUUCGAUCAGAUGAGAGAGCCUAUCUAUCCAGUAAACUGACACGAGGUCAACUAUACGAAAACAGCCCCCGAGUAAGGGAGGCACUGGAAAUAUGGUUAUCAGUACGAGACGAAGCUCGAAAACUUGUUUCCAAAGCCCGUGAUGAGCUCAAGUCUUUGGCUGUGUCAAAAAUUAGACCCACCAGUCACGAGGACUCUGACAUCGAUGAUGAUUCUGAAGUUGAGGAGAAAGGUCAACUGUUUGAAAGUCGAAGACGGCUUCGUGGAGCAUUAGAGAUGUACCACAGGGCCGUCUUCUUUUGCGCGAAUGCAUACUUCCAGAUCCGCGAAAAUCCAGAAAUGACUGAGCCCGAAUCCGAGGAGUUUUCGCGUAUUAAGAAGUUGGAAGACCAGCACUAUGAGGAAGCAAAGGCUAUUCGAAGGGAAAUCCUACAAGAGCCUCACCACAAAGCAAGCCGUCUUAUGGCGAAGGUGGCACAGAAAGCAUCCGAACAAUCCUUUGUUGAGAUUCCGGAGCUCACAGUUAAUGAGGAACGAGGUAUCGAGAGCAGUCGCAUUGUCGACGAUCUAGAAGCAUUGUACAACGAACUGAACGACCAAGCAAAUGUCAUUGAUGAAUGGAGGGAACACCUAAUCGGGCUGGUUCUGAAGCCUUUGAUUGAUGAGGAAGACGAUGCCGAAACCACUGGAGAUGAAUACGGCGAGUCAGCGAAAAUUCAAGAUGAGCUCAUGGUUUAUGUUCAAGCUCUUCGAGCUAUCAUUGCUGAUCGACAGGAUGCUUUGACUGGACAGACUAACGAACUGAUCAAGCACGAAACACAAACGUCGCUGAGACUUGCAGCCAACGAAGAAGGGCCUGCUCCCGAAAAGCUUAUUGAGCUUCUUGCAUUACGAGAUCAAAUUAAGCCACGAUCAACCUCGAUGCGGAAAGCUAUCAGCGAGUUUCGAGGCUUAACAUCAAAGCUGGCAAGGGACACCACACGAAGCGUCCUAGAAGGUAGAAUUGCAGAUCGACAACUCAAAGCAACGCAAUCAAUUUUGAACACACAGAGCAAGCUUACUACUGCUCUCGAGGCCGAGGUCGACAAGUUCAAGAACAUCAUGAACCUCCGCCUGGAGUAUUAUCGCCAACUGCAAGUAGUCUCUGACAGUGUCCUUCCUUACGAGGAACCUGUCACUGAAGAACUCAUGACGAGGAUGAAGACGACUGAGGAAAAUAUGCGGCAAAGGCUGUCUGCAGCAGAAGCUAAACAUAGAUACCUCCUCCACCUCAAGGAAGCAGGAAACAAGUCGAACGAGCCGCGAAUGUGCGUCAUCUGUCAGACCAAUUUCACUAUUGGUGUUCUCACGGUCUGCGGGCAUCAAUUUUGCAAGGAGUGCAUGAUGUUGUGGUUUAAAGCUCACCACAAUUGCCCAGUGUGUAAGAGAAAGUUGAAGUCAUCCAACUUGCACGAUAUUACUAUCAACCCUCAGCAACUCAAAGUGCAUAGCGAUGACCCAAACCAAUCUCAAGAUGGCACGGAGAAUAGCUCUGAGCAAAAACAAACCGAUUCGCCAAAGAAAACCGGGAUCUACUCCGAAUUCAACUCAGACAAGCUGGCUGAGAUACAGAAAAUCGAGCUGGACGGGCCUUCAUUCACCACGAAAGUCGACACGCUUGUGAAACAUUUGAUGUGGCUACGAGAGUCUGACCCUGGCGCUAAGUCAAUUGUAUUCUCGCAAUACAAAGGAUUUCUGGGGAUUUUGCGCAACGCUUUCUCAAGAUUUAGGAUCGGCUAUGCCUCUAUUGACGACCCUGAUGGCAUCAAACGGUUUAAGGAGAACGCGUCCGUCGAGUGUUUUCUUCUUCAUGCUAGGGCGCAUUCUAGUGGCUUGAAUCUUGUCAAUGCAAGCCAUGUCUUUCUCUGUGAACCUCUCCUCAACACCGCGCUCGAGCUUCAGGCAAUUGCACGUGUUGACCGGAUUGGCCAAAUGCACGAAACAACUGUAUGGCUCUACCUUGUGUCAGGGACAGUUGAGGAGUCGAUUUACAAUCUUUCGGUCCAGCGGCGAAUGGAGCAUAUGGGACGUGUCAAUAAGGGCAAGUCAAAGGAGUCGACACCCGAACUUCUCGACGCGAAUAUUGAGGCAGCCAACACUCUGGAACUUGAGCAAGCAUCACUGUCACGGUUGAUGAGUAAGGAUAAAUCGGCAGGUGAGAACGUUGAAGAGAAUGAUUUAUGGGAAUGUUUGUUUGGGCAUAUUGCUCGCAAAGACACUGGGCCCGAAAAGGAUAUCAGACUUCAGGAAAAGGCUGUCAUGGGUUACUUAGCAGCAGAGGCAGCCGAAGAGAGAAUGGACAGGAACAAUUAG